AUGGGCGACAUCAUCAGCAAUCGCAUUUUCGCCGUUGCAGACGAGAGGACACUGGCGGAUGAUACGGUCAUCCUGGCGCAAAGGUCGGAGUCAGGGCUGCAUGUCGUGCGACUCGCCCCUAUACAAUCAAACGUCGAUGCUAUUAGUGUGGAGGUCGGCGUGAUGACUGUGAGAGAACUCAUUUUCAUAGAAGCGGGGAGGGGUUAA